AUGGUCGUCCCAUAUAGCAGUCAUUCCACGUUUACGCGCAAUGAGACCAAUGGAAUGGAACAUUGGCCUGCAGAUGAACGACAUAAAUCAUUGCCUGUGAAGAAGAAGCAAGGAAGGGGAAACAAAAAGCCCCAAGUUCACGACACUCAACAUUGGAAUAAUCCUUCUCUCGAUUACGGAACCUUUGGUGGAGCGACCCUCGUGUCAUCCGACGGAAGGCUAGCUUGGACAACCGUUGUUGAUACAUCAAAUGCUCGAAGAGUGACACCAGUUGGGGCAGGGCGUUGUAUUUUUCCUGCCACUCGAUCUGUGAAUCCGACGCCAAGUCGUCUUAGGCAGUGGAGACGAAUCGAAGAAGGGCUCAACUUUGUUAGAACAUGUUUCCCGGACGCCGAUUUCCCUGCGGAGCUCAUCAAGGCGGAAUUCCAGUCCGAUGAACGACGAAACCGAGAGUUGCAAAUCUACGAUCCUUUGAGAGGCAGUCUCAUUAGUAUUGUACCGUCUUCCAGCACCCCUCAAACAUCACUGGUCCUCUUUCCGAUGGGAGAAACCAACAAUGAAUUGAAUAUUUCAUUUAUAUCCGCCACUGAUUCUGACUCGACUUUUCACGCGCCCGGACAUGCCGCGUCCAAGUUUGAGACACCCAUUCUCCAGAUCUCGGCCCCAAAUGUAUCAAAUUCAUCUCUGAAGCGUGGUACCAAUCUUGUUUUAGUCAGAACAUUCUCCGCAACAUCUCUGUUGAGCAUUGAGUUGGCAGAUGAAGCCACCGAUCUGAAGGCCACAAGGGAGGUAGACAUAUUUUCUGAUGACGUGGGAGGCAAAAGUGUAGUAGAUGCUGCAUUUUCACCCCAUGACUCGGAUAUCAUUGCUGUGAACACCUCUGGAGCACUUUACAACUGCAAAAUAUAUGAAGGAGCAAAAGCUGUGCGGCGCAUAGGGCUUAACCAAGUUCGUUUUGAGAACACAGAUGGGGAUCAAUUUUGGAGACUUCGUCCGUCUGACCAAGGCUACUUCUUAGCGUCAAGUAGCUGCAUUCAACAUCUCGAUUUCAGGUCGAGCCAGCCUAGUGUCGACCUAUUUUCUACUGAUCAGUUGGGCUCUGUUGUAACAUCUUUUGACUCGUCAGAGCGGGAACAUCUCCUCACCAUUUCGACGACCUCGGAACUCCUAUGGUUGGAUAAUCGGUACCCGAAAAAAGUGCUUCUGAGCUUUAAGCACAACCGAGCGCAUGAUAGAUCGCUCAAUGUCAAAACCGUGCAGUUAGACAGCGGCCCUCUGACUUUCCUAAGUUCGCUUAAAAACGGGCUCAUCACCAUUUAUGAUGUGUCUCGAGGAAAUGACAAUCUGAUUCACUGUCAUUCCGUUCCAACAUCUUUACCUCACGGCGGAGAUAUGGGUGCGUCUGAGUCGGAAAGUUCAUUCUUUGUCCAGCCCGAUAGGUCCACCGUUUCCCUCUUGCGGCUCUCUGGACAAAACAGUCUCCACUGCCAGGACUUUGCUGUAUAUCACAAUGGCAUGGACGUACUUCCAAGACAGACUCGUGGCACUAGCCACGAAUGGUCUGCUGAUGUGCAGAAACUAGCUCAAAGAGCAAAGGAGCUUCAGCCUCAGUACGGGCCACUGAGCGCAAGGCAUUUCUCAGAGUUAAACCUACGGACUGCGUAUCAGAAAAUUUUCGUUACGGGGGGUGUUAAAGAGCAAGCCGCCUCUGAGGGCGAAUUUACCGUGAUGAUAGACAAGCUUUAUCAGUUUUGGCAAAGGACAAGUGAUUCUGACAAGACGAUGUUGACCUUAUAUGAUGUCUGCCUUAGCGCUGACAAAGAGCCAGACGAGGACUCGCGAGCGGACUUUCUCGCUGGUGGGAUGAUUAACUCGAAUCGUGGGUACAAAACGCUUGUACACAACGAGCUACCGGUCCAGGAAAUUACGAGUGGUGCAGCAUGGUCUUGCGAUUUUAAGCCAUUUCUCCGCCGUAUGGGGCUUGGUCGCGUGGACCACUGGCAGGAGAUGCAUGGUGCUCUGGAAGCUUUCAAUUUGUCUUACUCGAAUAAUGUCCCUGGGACAUUCGUGCAACAAGAGGAGAAUUCACGAGAACAGCUUAUCCUCGAUUUGGCCCUUUCUAGCAUGGUAUUUUCAGCUCAGCCUGUUUCUAAGCCCGUUGCUCCGAUCCAGGUCGACGAUGUGGAGAGCAUGUCUCUUGCCGCAAAAGCUCUGACACUUGACGACGAACUUCCCGAGAUUCAGUUUGGCUACCUGCGUCCAUAUCCCAAGCUUGGUAUAAACCAUUACCCUGGUAUUUCCAGGGACAAAGACGCUGUUGCAGAACCUACACAGGAUGUGGAAUUUUCCAGUCCGCUGGGUGUGCGAUUGUUGUUGAGGGAGUGGGAGGUCGGAACGGACGUUGAGUCUUACACAUAUCAUGAUCCGUACAACACAAAAGGCGACGAUCCUAUCGCUCCCUCCCGAGAAUGGGCACUCCCCACUGCACCAGUCGCUACGCAAACGACGACUACAACAUCACAGCGCCCUCCGCUCAUUGUUGCAGGUUCCGAGCCCCGUCCACCUCCCAUUCAUGUUGCCCAGAAUCACUGGGGAAUGUUUAGCACCCAGCCUCGAGGCUUUAAUCUACAAACCGCAGAGCAUGAGAAUUAUCCUGAACCUUCUCAACCUUCCCAAGAGUUGAUGACAAGUACCCAAGUGUUACCUGGACUGUACGGCGGUCGAAAUGUUCCGAAUAAGAAGCUUCUCUUCUUUCUGGCUCCAACUGAGAUCACGCCCAGCCUUUCUCGACACGGACUGGCAGAGGCACGAAACUGGACUUUUCGUCUGGUCCAGCAAGAAGAGCUAUGGGUGGAACAAGGAAAUAAGCCGGUGGUCUGCGCUCUCUCAGCUAGCUACAUUUCGACAUUUGUUGGAUAUCCAUUGGAUUCUUUGAAGUCGAGACUGCAGACCACCAAGACAAGGAUGCCAGUGCUCAAGCUUGCUGGUAUCGUCUAUCGAGAAGAAGGAGUGACCGGCUUCUAUAGAGGUCUCUGGAUACCACUUGUUACGAUUUCUUUCGUCCGUGCUGCUUCAUUUACAAUAUACAGUAGUACAAAAGAAUACUGUCGUAAAAACAGCUAUUUUACAGGUGAUAGAGCAUCUGAUGCUGCUCUCGCUGGCGGUCUCAGUGGUGCCUUGUCUGGAUCAUUGAUUUCAUUUACUAGUGCACCCUUCGAACUUGUCAAGGUUCGAAGGCAAUUGGAAUACAGCAUAGCCGCAACUAAAGGCGUACAAAUGGUUAAACCCCCAAAUACUAUCGACGCUGUCCGAGAAAUUUUUCGAACUCACGGGCUGUCUGGGCCCUGGAUAGGGUUCCGUCUCCACUUUGUUCGAGAUACAGCCGGCACUGCAUUAUACUUUUUCGAAUAUGAUGCUAUGCGACAUCUAUUGGGCCGCCAGCGCUCGGGAGAGCAGGGACCAACACCAGCAUGGUUGCCAAUACCCACAUCCUUGAUUCCCUUUGUCUGUGGUUCGCUGGCCGGCGUGUCUUCAUGGGCAUUGAUAUAUCCCCUUGAUGUAGUAAAGACCAAAGUUCAGCAACGUGCUUUAGCUGGCACUCCUCCGAAAGGAGUAUGGGAAACCCUCCGUCGCCUCGUGCGCGGUCCGGAUCCCAAAGAUCCAAAGCCAGUUCUUGCUGGCAUAGCACGUAUAUAUCGCGGUCUCGGCGUCAGUGCAGUGCGGAGCAUCACGACGCACGGGCUCCUCUGGACAAUCUUCGAUAUUACGUCGCAUUAUAUCGAUCAUCUACCCUGACUUUCAAAGCGCAAUUGACGGGGUUCUACCUUGCAUCUCACUUGCAGACAAGGCAUGUAUUAUAGCAUCUGGGUUAGGAUUGCCUAGUCUAUUCACUAUAAUCCAUAUCAUCUGAGAUACUUAUCAGUCAAUAUAUGUGGCAUGGCAGACUCUUUGUGCCUUAAGGCCAUGCUUAUCAGACAACUUUGUCGCCACUCAUUG